CCGCCGGUCAUGUGCUCAGCCAAGAUGGCGGCGCUCAGCGGAGCGGUGCUGGCCGUGCUGGGGCUGCGCCUGUGCUGCGCGGCUGCCGCCGUCCCCCUCGUUAUCUGGCACGGGAUGGGAGACACUUGCUGCAAUCCGCUGAGCAUGGGCUACAUUAAGAAGAUAGUGGAGAGUAAAAUACCAGGGAUUUAUGUUGUGUCUCUGAAGAUUGGAAGCAACCUGAUACAGGAUAUGGAGAACAGCUUCUUUAUGAACGCAAAUGACCAGGUGAGAGAGGUGUGCAGCCAGCUGGCAAAGGACCCUCACCUGAAAGGAGGCUACAAUUCCAUGGGCUUCUCCCAGGGAGGCCAGUUCCUGCGGGCGGUGGCCCAGAGGUGCCCUUCUCCUCCCAUGCUCAAUCUGAUCUCCAUUGGGGGACAGCACCAAGGCGUGUACGGCUUUCCACGCUGCCCUGGGGAGAGCUCCCAUAUCUGUGACUGGAUCCGAAAGACGCUGGAUCUGGGUGCCUACACACAAGCUGUUCAGGAGCACUUGGUACAAGCAGAGUAUUGGCAUGAUCCGCUGAAGGAGGAUGACUACAGGAAAAACAGCAUCUUUCUGGCUGACAUAAACCAGGAGAGGGGCAUCAAUGAGACGUACAAGAAAAACCUGAUGGCUCUGAAGAAGUUCGUGAUGGUGAAGUUUCUCAAUGAUACCAUGGUCGACCCCCCGAUCUCUGAGUGGUUUGGGUUUUACAGAAGUGGCCAAGCCAAGGAGACCAUCCCACUGAAGGAGACCUCGCUGUACACAGAGGAUCGCCUGGGGCUGCAGGAGAUGGACAAAGCAGGGAAGUUGGUGUUCCUGGGGGUGAAGGGGGAUCACCUCCACUUCUCCGAAGAGUGGUUCUACACCUCCAUCCUCCCCUUCCUCCAGUGAAGCGAAGGGGAGGGCCCAGUGAGAGCACUGGGGGGGGUUCCACCACUGUAGUUAAAGCAGCUGCUAUGGGGUAAUGGCACUUUCCAUGUAGAGCCUGCAAGGAUCCGGGGAAGGGGAGGAAAAGGGCCCUUAGCUCAGCAGCUCCAAGGGGCACGGUGGCACCUCUUAUUAAGAGAGCAGGAUUUCUCUGGGUGGAACUGCACUCCCGUCCUGGUGCACUGAGCCUUGCCCUGGCUCUGAAGCCCUUUGUCCUGCGUGGGCCUGGGUAAGUCUGCUCCAGAGGUUUCCUCUCCCCUUGCCUGUUCUCACAGGCCACAAUGGCAGUAUUAACUGAAUGCACUAGUGCAAGAAUUGAGCAUCUCGGCAGGAUGGCUGUCUGCAGAGGAAAGACAUUAGAGCCCAUCCUUCAGGACUGGGGCGGGGGGGAAAGGGGCAAGUUGAGGUGUUUCUGGGGGAAAAGGAGGGGUUUGCAUUAAGCAGGUAUUAACAGCUUGAAGUUUGCAACUAAUGGCACUUUUGUACAGCAAUCGGAACCAAUAAAAACUUUAACCAACUAAAACCAGGUGAGAUUCAGCAAGUACUGUGUGAUGUGAGGAGGGGUGUCAGGAAAGUCUGUAUGUGCCCAUGGGGAAAGCACACAGAGCACGUUGGGCAGCUCAUCCUGUGCCCCCAAAGAGCAGACAAGAGCCACUGUAAUGAGCAAGUUGGCAUUAACUUUAUUCUAUCUUCUGUAUAAUCUUAAGUACAUAAGAAAGGUUUUUUCCACAAGCCUCAGGAGAAGACGAGUACAAGUCACAGGACAGUCUCAAAAUAAAAAAAAAUUGCAUAUU